AUGCAGCUCUCCCGCAUCAUCGCGCACAUUGCGCUUGCUGCGGCGAUUGUCGCCUCGGCGACGUCGCCCACUGACGCCGCCUGGGGCUGGAUGACCGAGAGCACCAACGAAGUGAAGACCGACAACGCCGUCGAGGCUCUACACCUCGAGCGUAACCUGGGUGCUGGUGGCGGCCUGCGUGGCUCACAGGCGCAGAACACGCCAAGCGAGGGCAACCAGGACGACAACUACACUGGUCAGAACACCCCGAGCCAGGGCAACAACAACCAGGGCGAAGAGGGCCAGCACGAGCAGAAGGAAGAGGUGCCCACCCAGCCAACACCUUCGCCAUCUACACCGUCAACGCCUGAACUCCCGACGGAUGACAGUAACUUGCCGACUCCUACGCCGACUAACCCUGGCAAGCAGGGCCCCCCUCCUCUGAUCCCUGGCGUUACCCCCGAAACUCCUGUUCAAUUCACGCCUCCUACCCCGGAGAACCCUGGUAAGGGCGUUCCCCCUUCCACUCCGGAGACGCCUGCUGUGACGCCCGCCGUUACCAAGCCACACACCUCGGACUGCGCUUUCUGA